CUUUCAACCACGAGGUUGUUGGUAUAAACCCCACCAGGAUAAGAGUAGUCAAGUUAUACAGGUGUCUGCCUUUCAACCACGAGGUUGUUGGUACAAUCCCCACCAGGAUGAGAGUAGUCAAGUUGUAUAGAUGUCUGCCUUUCAAUCAAGAUGUUGUGGGUCCAAUCGCCACCAGGAUGAGAGUAGUCACGUUAUAUAGGUGUCGGCCUUUUACCCAAGAGGUUGUGGGUCCAAUCCCCACCAGGAUGAGAGUAGUCAAGUUGUAUAGGUGUCUGCCUUUCACCCAACAGGUUGUUGGUACAAUCCCCACCAGGGUGUCUGCCUUUCACCCAAGAGGUUGUUGGUACGAUCCCCACCAGGAGGAGAGAAGUCUAGUUGUAUAGGUGUCUGCCUGUACUUGGUUGGAUCUCAAACCAGGAUAAGAGGUUUAAUGUUGUUUGCGAAAUUUGUGGCAAUCUUUAUUAUUCACAGCCUGCUUUUAAAGGGAGAAACGUUACAAUAUCCUUCAAGCCGUUCAAAUUCUCGGCUACUCAAACGCCUACAAUUUUCUACACUAACGCCGCUGUUAUACGAUGGAUAGCUGUUCCAUCAAACGUUUAUAUGUAUAAUGCAACGUUGGGCGUUUUUACCACAGUGUAUCCAAAUAUUCCGAAUUCUGGACACCUAUAUGCAGUAUACGGUGACUGCAGCAGCCAAAGCAUUCGUUUAGAUUUACAAGUGGGGUGUGGUGAUAUUUAUCUUCGAACACCAAAUCCUGUUCUGGGCAAAAAAGUUGAAAUAGUGUAUUAUCCUUCACCGGCGGUGGUUGGGCUCACUGGUGAAUACACUCGUGAGUGGUAUAAUGAAUCAUCAAGAUCUUUAAUGACCUUGACGGAUGGUCUGUUGACUGAGGAAAAAGUACACAAUGAAGAAUUUGUUUUGACCAUGUAUAACUCCACUCGGUGGACGACGGGAAAUUACAGUGUGAAAUGUACGAAAAAUAACACUUACAGUCUUCAUACUGAACGUGUCUUUGUUCAGGUGACAGUAAAACCUGAGGUUCCAGUGCUUAACGUACCUAUCUUGCGAGAGGGAAGUCCAGCAAAUAUCACGUGCAUUUCAAGAGAAGGGAGACCCGCCACAAAUUUAAUUCUCUGGUUGGAUGGAGUGAAUUAUUCAGGAGACCAUAUAAAGACUUACGACAACUCGACAAGAACAUAUACAACAAUUUUAACUUUUAACAGCCCUGCCAGAAAAGAUUGGAAUAGAAAGUUUGUGUCUUGCGUAUCAUCUUCACCAUUAUUUGAGACAGCGACACAACAAAAGACAAUAAAUUGCAAAUAUCCUCCAUCGAAACUGACAAUGGAUGCACCAAGUAUACCAAGCUAUUUGCAGGACAGCUAUACUCUGAAGUUCAGUUGCUUAACGGACACAUACAAUGACAAUUGCUUGAUAUCCUGGACAAAAGAUGGCCAACUACUAAACGCAAACGGAGAGGUGACAAACAAAAUACACGACUCAGCUGUAAUGGAGUUUGCGGUUAUCAGUAAAGAAAACAAUAGUCAAACUAUUACCUGCAGCGUCAAUUGCUCCAACUUUGAUGUUCAACUAUCCAAGUCGCAUACUUUACAAAUACCAUCUUCGACACAAAAAACAUAUGAAACUCCAAAUGAAAGUAAAGAUACGUCAUUGACAAACAGUAACGAUAUACCAAUGGUGUGGAUAGUCAUUGGUUUGAGCGUUAUUAUUGCGGCUGUCAUUAUAUCAACGGUCAUUGUAUUGGCCAGAAAACGAUUUUUAAAGAAGAAUCAACAUGCAAAUUCAAGUGAACCUCAGCCUGUCCAGCAUUCCAACGUGCAGGAAAAUGAAACAGUAGGAAUGAACGAAGAGGUUACGUACGCCCAAGUAAACAAAAUCAGGACAAAUAGGACAGAAACAGUGGAGCCAAAAACGAAGGAAGGUUCAGAUACCAACCUGGUUUAUGCAGAUAUUGACAUCGAACAUUUGGAGACAGCCAGCAAACCACCUUCGAGACAGAGGCCGCCAAGUCCGACAGAAUAUGCUGACGUUGAUUUUAUCAGAACAAAACGUGGAUCAAAAAGUGACAAUAUUAUAACCUAAUGUCAGGGAAGAUAAUAAUUCUACAUACGUGCACCGCAUAAGCUGAGUUCUAAAGUUAUCAAAUAUAAAACAUUUUCUAAAAAAUAAAAUUCUUAAUUGAUAUAAGCCAUAAAUCAAUCUGAGAAAUGGUAUUAACAUAUUAUUUACAUCCGAUAAAACAUAAAGACAUGUCCAGGGAGUUCCAGCGAUAUCAAUCCCACUGAUAGCAAUCUAUUAAGAAUUUUGAGAUUUCCAAGCAAAUAAUAUGUAUAUACUUGAUUAUACUAAUUUACUUUAGCUCGAUUGUAAAGACGUUGCUUGUUUAACUUGUAAAAAGUAUUCAGUUUUGAUUUAUCUUAAUCAAACUUAUAAAGUAGUUAACUAUUGCUUGAGAGGUCGGUUCCUUUCUUAAAUCCAGCAAGAUCCGCCUUUUCACAACUUGAUUAUGGCCUUUGAAAUUAUAAAAAUUGCUAUUGUUGUGAGGUAAAAAAAACAGUCUAAGGGAGGCAACCUGUAUUCAGUGAGUGUAGUUUUUUCACUCCCUUGUCUUUGUUAAAGAGGUGAAAACUACAGUUUAAGAUAGACAACCUGUAUUGAAGAGAGUGCAGUGGGUUUUCUCUCUAACCUUUGUUAAAGAGUGCUGAAUGAUUUUUAGCUUUAUUCGCCAAAUGCCAGAAGAGCUUAUGCCGUGGCGUGGUAUCCGUCCGUGUGUCCGUAAACAAUUGCUUGCGAAUGCUAUGCGGUGUUUAAUUUUGAUUGUAUCUCAAAAAACUCAUACAUUAGUUAGAUAUCCAUGAGAUCUAGAUUCCUCUCUUAAACCAGCUAGAUCCGCCUAUGCAUGAGUGAAUUAUGGCCCUUGAAAUGCUUUAGCCCUAGCAGAAGUAUUCUCUAAGGGAGGAAAACUGUACAUAAAGGAGUGUAGUAUUGAAAUGAUGAUCUAGUUUUGCCUAUAAUUAGUAUGUACAAUCUUUGGGUAAAAAAAAAAAACACACAAAAAAGCCCAGACGGUGGAGCAUGGGACAUCAUGGUAUCUUUUUAUACUAUUACUUCAAACAUAUUGGCGCCUUGUAAGAUGUUUUGUCUUUACCAUCUGUGUAAUGAUGUAUUUGUACAGUCUUGUAUUUGUUUAUUCUUGUCUUGUUUUUUUCUCAAUCUGUUUACUGUUGUAACUAUAAAAUAUUCAUUAUAGGUUAUUUUAAUAAAGUUUAUCU